AUGCCGUAUAGUAGAGACGGUCAAGUAGUAAAGUUACCGCAAAUCGCCGCGAGGGAACGUGGUCCUGGACCUACAAGAUACAUGUUGAAAACCCUGUGCAGAUCUAAUGGCCAUGACAUAACCAAACCUCGCAAUCCUGCAUAUAGCUUAGGCCCAAGGUUGCAGCCCAUCAAGAGUUUCAACAGCCCAGGUCUCGUGACCAGCCUGGGACCCGACGGAACCCCUAAGUGGUCCAUGCUAGGAGCCGCGGAGAAAAUGACAAAAUUGAACUCGCCAGGUCCAGGUACGAAAUGA